AUGGCGACAUCAUCUCCAUGGCGGUCGCGGGCCCUUGAGCUGUCACUGAUCAUCGUGUGUGGUAGCGAGGAGCUCGUCAGCCCAUGGCAUUGGUGGCGAAGCCUAGGGUCUCCUAGGUACGUCUCUGCCCCCAUGGUGAACAACAGCGAGCUAGCCUUUCGUCUUCUCGUUCGCAGGCAUGGUGUCCAACUCACCUACACCCCGAUGAUCCCUGCGAAAAAGUUCAUUUCCAUGGGGGCGAAGGACAGACUCGCGCUCAUCGAGCCGCACGAGGACGAUCGACCUCUGAUCGUUCAGUUCUGCUCCGACGAACCCGACGAGCUGCUGGAGGCCGGCAGGCUGGCACGAGAUCACUGCGACGCGAUCGACCUCAACUUGGGGUGUCCGCAGUCACAAGCAGCGAGGGAUCACUACGGAGCGGUGCUGAUGGAGGAGCCGGAGCUCGUGAGCAGGAUGGUUCGACGAGCCUCGCAAGGGCUGAGGGUUCCGGUGACAUGCAAGAUCCGAGUGUUCGAUAACCUCGAGCGGACAGUAGCGUUCGCCAAGAUGCUGCAAGCGAGCGGCUGCUCGAUGCUGACCGUGCAUGGGAGAACAAGGGGGUGUACCCACCACGAGGGCUCCUGCAACUGGGACUACAUCCGGGAGGUGAAGGAAGCCGUGGACAUACCAGUGAUAGCAAACGGAGGGAUGAUUCGUAGCCUUCGAGACGUGCGGCGAUGUCUGGAGCACACUGGGGCCGACGCUGUCAUGUCCGCCAUAGGCCUUCUACUCGAUCCUCGUCUCUUCGGGGGUCAAGAGAGCGGUCAGAGCUCGGACCCUCCCGACCCUCAGCCGCUGCCAGACCCGAUCGAGCUGGCCCUCGAGUACCUUGAGCUUGCCAAGACGAUCCCUUCCACCCCGGGGAAAAGCAUGAGGUCUGCGAUCGGUGACACGACAUGA